AAUGUGUUACAAGAAUGCUGUGCGUCAAAUCAGACCAUUUUACCGUUUUCUACAUUCUCUAAUCAGCCAUUCUUUCUGUUUGUGGGAUGAUAUUAACCUUCAGUGUUUUUGCUUGCCGUUGAGAAAACAGUCUUGAUCUGUUGGAGAAUAGACCGUUACAAAUUCGUGUAUCGCGUCCAAAGCAUCAAGCGUCGCUAUUAACGUCCAGCGUGUGGCGCUACUGCAACUCUCCGGGUAGCAGAUAGUUUUGUUGGCGGAAGUUCCAGCGGAAGAAGAGAGGGACCGCGAUGGUGCGGGUGAAGUCCAGGUAUUUACUGUGCGAAAUCAAUGUGUCAGACCGGAGCUGUCUGUUGCUGCUGGAUGACCGCGCUAUUGCGGCGGCAGUGAAGGCAGCUGUGGCCCGCACACACGGCGACUAUGGGGCAGCUCUCUGCAGCAUCAGAUUCUGUGUGAAAUAUCUGAAUGCUCAUACUGGAAUAGUAUUUCUGCGCUUCCCCAGAAGGUGUUACAGACUCCUCUGGUCUGCAUUGCCUUUCAUAACUAGUGUUGAAACUCGUGGGCAGAAAAUUCCAUGUUUUCUAAACUGUUUGCACGUGGGAGGAACAAUUAGAACAUGUCAGAGGUUUCUGAUCCGAUACAACACUCAGCAGCUCCAUCGAAUGCUCCCGAAAUGUAAAAAUGAAGAGGAAAAACAACAGGUUCGCAAAGCAAUUCUGAAUUGCUGCCUAACAGGAAGAAAAAAGGAAGCAUUUGAAGAUGAAGAUGAAUUAGAGAGUGAAGAAGAUGAAGAGGAGUGACUUCACAAUAAGCAGUAAAAGGCGGCAGCCACGUUGUUCUACCUAGAUGUCUGGCUCUGACUAUGUUUGUAACAGGACUAAUAGGAGGGAAGAUGUGAAGAAAUUUGAAGAAAUGCAUACCCAACUGUGUGGAAACAUGGUUUACUGCUGCUGCUCAGUGCACUUGUUGCUUAAUAAAACUGGCUGACUGUAA